AUGCCAGUCCGGGCGCCCAGAACUCCCGGGUCACUGCCACCAGCACAGGGGCCAAAAAGAACUGAACUGGACUGGGCGGACUUAUGGGCCAGGCAUGUGCAGCGCAGCGCAGAGCAGGGCAGUCAGCACCCGCGACCGAAUACGUGUGUAGAGGCAGAUGCUGGUCUUGAGGACCGUUACAUUGAACAUUUGUGGUGCCAGAUUGUGCGACACAUCCCGCGUGCUCAUCAAGUUGGACUCCCUCCUUUCGUUGGAAUACAUGGAGCGGAUACGGAUAUGCCACUGAUUUAA